AUGUCAACUGUUGAUGAAUUGAAUAUUGAUGAUAUUAUAGAGUUAAAAAUAAAUAAUUUACAAUCUUCUAUUAAUCAUCUAGACUGGAAAAACUCGAUAUCAGUAGAGCAAUAUAUGAAUGUUGAUGAAGAAAUAGAAGAGAAAAAUAUAAAUAAUGAUGAGAUAGUAUCUAUAGUAAAUCAUUCUUCCUUAGAAGAGGAAGAUGAAAUUGAAGAACUAAUCAUUCAUUCUACCAUAAGUGUUAAGUUUGUUUUAGAAAGCUUACAUGUAUUGUCUGACUUUCUUUCUAACCCACUCGCUGAGUUUGCUUAUGAUAGAAGCAUACUUUUAAAAUUCGGAGCUUAA